UCCCCGGAACACAUUUGGUAGGCUCCUUAGCGACCUGGACCUAAACCCAGACUGGACAGUCGACCAAAAUGGGAGAAACCUUCAAGAUCUAUAUUGACAAUCUUGAUUUCAUUCAAUCUGAGGAUCGGUAAGACCACCCAAGAAACCAUAGCUUAGAACAAUGGGUUCUGUGUCGCAAAAAGAUCCAGAGGCCACACAACGGCAAGAUGACGUUAUCAUAGUCGGGGCUGGACCUGUUGGUCUCUUAGUGGCAACGCUUCUAUCUGAACAUAAUGUUGCGGUCACCGUCUUGGAGAGAGGUGAUGCAGCCGACAAUCGACCUCGUGCCACGCAUUAUGGUUCACCCGCGGUCAAAGAGCUCGUUCGAGCAGGGGUCUGGCAUGAUGUCCUGAGUGCAGGCUUCUGUCCCUCGGUCGUCACGUGGAGAAAACCGAACGGAGACAAGAUUGCCAGCAUGCCAAUGUCAUCAACGGAGAAGGACUAUCCCUAUCCAAUGGUGGUUCUCCCCGUGGGAGAUUUGGUCACUGUGCUGCUAGAGCACCUUUCCACGAGAACCAAUGUCAGAGUCUUGUAUGGCCAUACCGUUGAAGGCUUGGGUCAGACAGACGAAUCGGCUUGGGUGAAAGUACGAACCAAGGAUGAUCACCACCCAAAGACGUUUACAGCUCCAUGGAUUGUGGGUGCCGAUGGAUCCUCCAGUGCUAUCAGGAAGUUGAACAACCUACCAUUUGAGGGAAAGACGUGGGACAGGCAGAUUGUGGCAACUAAUGUCUAUUUCCCCUUCGACGAACGUUAUGGCUGGACCGACUCGAACUUUAUCAUCGAUCGUGAGAACUGGUACAUGGCCGCCAAAAUCAGCAAAAACGGACUGUGGCGUGUUACCUACGGCGAGCAGAGCGGCUUGUCAGAUGAAGUUCUGCUGUCUCGUCAGCCAGAGAAGUUUCGUCAUAUGCUACCCGGCAAUCCAGAUCCCUCGAAAUAUACCCUCACCUCAAUUUCUCCAUAUCAGAUCCAUCAACGACGUGCACCAACUUUCCGCAAUAAGCGCUUUCUUCUAGCAGGGGAUGCAGCACAUGUUUGCAACCCCUUCGGAGGCCUGGGCUUGACAGGAGGCAUUGUGGAUGCUGGAAACCUGGCUGAUGCUCUUCUUGGUGUGCUGCUGGGCGUUGCGAACCAAGCAAUAUUGGAUAAAUACUCCGAAGAAAGGAUCAAAGCUUUUGAUGGACCGAUCGAUUUCAUUUCAUCGACGAAUUUCUGUCGCAUAGCAUACCAAGACGCUGAGACUGCCUUGCAGAAUGACGAGUUUCUACAACGGCUCGAUGUGGACGACAAGGCUAAUUCCGAGGUAGCAAAUGAGUUGCACGAGAGUGUCUUCGCUAUCCAACAUGAUUUUACGCAGUACUACACAAAGACAUGAACAAAGUAUGGUUACUCUUGUACCCACCUGGGUGUACAGUGCUUAUUUUGUUGCGAGAGAUGUCGUUGGCAUCCAUUUUCAGGACUUGGGCUCCUA